UGUCCAUACCCUUCUUAAAGAACUGCUACGUGCAAUCUCACUCGAGGUGGGGUAUGAUUUAAUAUCAGCGGCGCUAUCAGGGACCGGAAAUGUCGGUAUCAGUUAAAUAUGACCAAAGUAAUCGAUUGAAAAAUCAUUCAACUUGAGUGAUUCGCCAAAUAUUCAGAUUAACUCCGAUUUCAUACCUACUUGGUCUCCUAUCUUUUGGGCAGGAUGAGCGGCCUGGUGGGCGUUAUCGACGAGGGAACCAAGACCCUUAGCUUCUCUAUUUACACAAUUCCGGACUUCAAGGAGAUCGCUGCACACGUGGUGGAGCUGUGUCUAAUCUCACCGAAGGAUGGCUGGUACGAACAGGACCCGCGUGAGAUCAUGGCCUCCAUCAACAAGUGCGCCGAGGAGGCCAUAAAGAUGUUGGCCAAUCAAGGAUUCUCCGCCAACGACAUUGCCACCGUGGGCAUCACCAAUCAGCGCGAGACCACGGUUGUCUGGGACGCAGUGACCGGCAAGCCGCUCUACAAUGCUCUCCUGUGGAAGGACAUUCGCACCAGCACAACAGUGGAGAAGAUUGUGGCCAAAGUGCAAGACCCCAAUCACUUCCGCAGCAGCACAGGUCUGCCCAUUUCCACGUACUUCUCAGCCCUGAAGAUCCGUUGGCUGAGGGACAACGUUCCCGAAGUGCGCAAGGCCAUGAAAGAGGGACGCUGCAAGGCCGGAACCGUAGACAGUUGGAUCGUAUGGAAUCUGACGAAUGGUGCGCUCCACGUCACGGACGUGACGAACGCCUCCCGCACGCUCCUCAUGAACCUGGAGACGCAGAACUGGGACCCCGAACUGCUACAGACUUUUGAAAUCCCAGAAGAGAUGCUGCCCAGCAUCCACAGCUGCUCGGAAGUCUUCGGGAAAAUCACCAUGGAUCGAAGUCCACUCCGCGGGAUGAUGCUAAGUGGGAUUAUAGGCAACCAGCAGGCCUCUCUCCUGGGUCAGAUGUGCGUGAAUCCGGGUCAGACAAAGAAUACCUACCGCUCCGGAUGCUUUAUCUUGUGCAAUACAGGUAAAAAGCCCGUUUUUUCGAGUCACGGUCUCCUCACCACAGUGGCCUACAAACUAGGUCCCCAGGCGCCCACAAUUUACGCCAUCGAGGGAGCUGUGUUGGUAGCCGGACACGCACUCUCAUGGCUUCAAUCCAAAAUGCGCAUCCUUCCUGACGUCAAGGAUGCAAAACGGUUCGCCGAGGAGGUGCCCACUUCAGGAGAAGUGUACUUCGUACCAGCCUUUACGGGCUUGUACGCACCCUACUGGCAGCCGAACGCCCGCGGCAUCAUAAUCGGUCUGACCCAGUUCACGCGGAAGAAUCACAUCGUUAGGGCGGCCCUAGAGAGCAUCUGCUUCCAGACCCUCGACAUCCUGGAGUGUAUGCGCCAGGAGUGUGGCUACAAGAUCAGAAAACUGCACGCCGACGGAAAGCUCUCCACAAACGACCUUCUUAUGCAGAUCCAGGCUGACACCAUUGGAAUGCCCGUAUUCCGGUCCCAGUUUGUGGACUUUACGUCAUUCGGAGCGGCAAUGUGCGCAGCCCAUGCAGACGGAUUGGACCUGUGGCGGUUCGAUCCGGAGAAGGAUUACGCCCACGUGAAGUACGACACUUUCCAGUCCACCACAAUGGAGGACGAGCGAAAGGAGCGCUACCGCAAGUGGAAGCGGGCCGUGAAGCGUAGCUUCGGGUGGGUCAUAAAUCAGGAGGAGACGAAGAUGCACGAAGACGAUGAGGGUAACAAUGCGAGGCUGCCCUCCCUCCCAGUGAACAUCUUCUUCAUUGGCAGCUUCGCUAUGCUGGUGCAUGCUAUCUCUCAAUCCCAUUCCCAUCGUGUCUAGGUGUUACUUCGAACUCGUAGGCAUAAUUUUGUGGAGAACUGCUGCGCGGAAUCUCCCUCCCAGUGGGGUAUUACUUAAUAUCAGUGACUCUAUCAGGGCCCGGAAAUGUCUCUGACAGUAUUAAAAUCGACCAAACUAA